UGUACAAGUCUAUAUCUGACAUGUCUAUUGCUCACUCUAAUUUUCACUCUGAAAUUUGAAUUGUGCUAGAUCUCUGUUGCUGAAAGUUUUUAACGUAAAAAAUUGUUUAAUUAAUUUUUAGAGUGUGGAUUGGUACAUUUUCUUUCCAGUAUGAGCGAUACAUCAGUUAUUGGCAAAAUACAUUCUGUAUACUGCAAAAACUUUGUUACUUAUGUUGAAGUCAGAGUUUAUUGCGGAGAAUUUUUAAAUGUAAUAAUUGGACCGAAUGGGUCAGGAAAAUCAACUUUGGUCGCAGCAAUUGUUUUGGGUUUAGGAGGUAAUCCAAAACUUUUAUCUCGAUCUUCUAGUGUUGAAGAGUAUAUUAAAAACGGACAAGCAGAAGCGAAUAUUGAAAUUGAUAUAUACAAAAACUCACAAAAAGAAACAAUAACAUUCGGGAGAGCUUUUAAUAGUACAGGAAAAUCGACUUAUUCGGUUGAUAAAAGCACAGUGUCACAUAAAAAUUAUUUAGCUGCUAUACAAAAUUUCAACAUACAAAUAAACAAUUUAUGUCAAUUUCUUCCUCAAGAUCGAGUUCAAGAUUUUGCUAAAAUGAAUCCUAAUGAAAUUUUAAUAAACACAAUGACUUCUGUUUGCUCACAAGAAGUUGUUAAAAAUUUUGAAAUGCUUAAAGAAUUUCAAAACCAGCAAAAAAAUUCUUAUAAAGGGCUAAAAGACAGUUUGGAUAAAUUGAAAGAGUUGGAAAACCAAAAUGCACAGUUAAAGGAACAGAUAGAUCGUAUGAAUAUAAGGAAGAAACUACAAAAAGACAUCAGCAUAUACGAAAGUAAAAAGGUAUGGUUAGAAUAUAUGGAACUAGAAAAAAAUGUCCAAAACACUGAACUGGAGCUCAAACAAGCUAAUACCAUUUUGAAAAAACAUAGGGAUAAUUUUGAAAAGGCUAAAAAAAAAUCUCAAGAUAUAAUAAGACAAAAGGAAUCAAUGUCCACAUUAACAAAAAACGAGGAAAAUAAAUUGCGCCAGAUCUCUUCUGAGUUAGACCAGCUGCAAAAUACUUCUGAACAAUAUGAAACAACAAUUACAAAUUUGAAAUCUAGUUUUGAAAGGAAGAAAAGUGAAAUUAUUGAGAGAGAAAAGGAUCUAAAAACAGAAACACUUCUUUUAACUGCUCAUGCGACCGAUUUGAAAUCUGCUUUAAAUGAUCUAGGACCAGUGGAGGAAAGAAACAUUAAAACAGCUGAAUGCGAGCGGCGAAUAAUGCAGUUGAAAUCUGAGCACAAAUCGUUAAUGGAAGCGCAUAGAAAUAUCAAUCGAGAACUAGACGAACAAUACACUCCAGAAUUAAAAGUAGUUAAAAGAAAAAUCGCCUCCUUAGAAAAUAUAGGGGACAGGAAAUUAACUAAUCUAAGAGAUAACUAUGAGCAUAUUUACGAAGCCACAAAUUGGUUAAGGCAAAAUAGAGAUAUUUUUGAAGCACAAGUUUAUGAACCAAUGGUACUUGAGCUAAAUAUUAAUGAUAGUAACAAUGCCAAAUACAUAGAAAACAUAGUCAAUGCAAGGGAUCUGUUAGCUUUUACUUGCGAAUCUAAAUCAGAUAUGAACAAACUUGUACAACACUUGUGUAAUGAGAAGGGUUUGAAAGUAAGUGUUGUACAUUGUGAUGCCGCCGAACAUUGUUUAUAUCGUCCAGAUAAAAAUAUAGAAGAAUAUAGAGCAUUAGGUUUCACAUCUUAUUUAAUAGAUAUGUUGAGUGGGCCGGCACCAAUCUUAAAUUAUUUAUGUAGAGAAUAUGGUAUACACACAAUUUUAGCCGGAACUGAGGAAGUUAAUAAUCAUACGCAUGAGAUUCCGAAUCAGAUCAGAAUAUAUUUUGCAGGAAAUGAUAAAAUAACAACAAUGUAUUCAAAGUACACAAAAGAGAAAUCUACUAUGAGGACUUCAAUUAAUGAUAGAAAAUUACUUUCUGUUGGGGUAGAUGAGAAAGAAAUUAACAGCCUUAAAAAAAAAUACAGAGAAAUAACUAAGAAGUCGGACGAAUUAAAAAAUAGACGUGCAGAAAUUGAAACUAAACUAAACAUGAUAGAAGAGAAUCGAAAAGAAAUUAUUAAUGAAAAAAACAUUCUCGAUAAAAAGUUGGUGGUAAUAGAACAACUAAAAGAGAAAAUAAAAAAUCAGAAAGCUAAAAUCGAACGGCUUCAGAGCAGACCAAGCGAUCUUCAAGAAGUAGAAAAAAAUUUCAAAGAUUCUGCAAGGGAAUCAGUUAGAAAACUAUUGCAACUUGAACAGAAAAAAAUAGGGAUCUUAAACAACUAUCAAGAAACAAGUGAAAAAUAUAAUAUGAAUUACACAAAAUUACAAAUUUACAAAAAUGAAACUUCUAACGUGGAACAAAAGAUAGCUGAUUUGAAAGAAAGUUUUGAUAAUUCAUAUCAAUUAGUGGAAACAAUAAAAACCACUUUCGAAAAGCUUCAAGAGCAAUCUAAGAAAAUAGAAAAAAGUGUUAGAGAACGUUGUAAAGGCAAAAUUCCUACAGAAACUGGUUUUCCUUUUACUCCAGUGUUUUCUCAAAUUUCCAAUGACUUAAGCGAAUUAACUGAUAAAAUUCUUGAAAUGCAAUCAAAAGUUAAUUGUAUGCUUGCAGAAAACCAAAAUAUUUACGAUGAGUAUCAAGAACGAGAGGAUGAAAUUAAACAACUAAGGUCGGAAAUAGAAUCCAAUACAAAAAGUGCGUCCCAAAUUUUACAUAAAAUGCAAGAAAUUCAUGAAGAGUGGUUUCCUAUUAUAAUGGGCGUAAUAGAAACCAUUAAUUCAAAUUUUGGCAAUUUCAUGUCAUCUAUGAAUUAUGUUGGAGAGGUUCAAUUGUUUAGAAAAGAUGAUCAUGAUUACGAAAGCUAUGGUAUACAAAUACUUGUUAAAUAUAGAAAUGAAGCAAAACUUCAAGCUUUAGAUAGAUUUGUACAAUCUGGCGGUGAAAGAGCAGUUGCAAUUGCAGUAUAUACUCUGUCUUUGCAACGAAUUACGCACGUUCCAUUUAGAUGUGUAGAUGAAAUAAAUCAGGGGAUGGAUGCAAAUAACGAACGCAAAGUUUUUGAUAUGUUAGUUGAGGAAACUUCUCAACCAGGGCAUUCCCAGUACUUUUUUAUUACCCCAAAACUUCUACAAAAUUUAUCAUACAAUGAAUAUAUGACAAUACAUAUUGUAUACAAUGGUCCUUUUAUAGCAAAUGAUGAAGUAUUCCUAAAUUUUUAAAAUUAUGUUAAUAUUAAUAUAUUAAAAAAUAAAACUACAUCUUUUUCUUUUACAAAA